AUGGGUGUAAUUUCUAAAGAGAUACUGAAAAAAGCGAAGGCAUUGUUUCAGCAGAAGUCAUUCGAAGCUUGUCUAGCAGAACUUGAGCCGGUUCUUGAUGAUGACAUAAAUGAAAAGCAUGUUAACUACCUCCUGCUUGCCUCUGCCUGUUACGACCAGCUUGGCAAAGAAGAUAAGGCUAUUGACACUGUGCAUCAGGUUCUUAAACUUGAUUGUAAAAAUCACCUUGCCUGGCAUGGCCUUUUUCAAUUCUGCAUGAAGAAUCCGAAUCGCUUUUAUGCUCUCGCCGUUCCGUGUUUUGUAGUUCUUUUCCCAUACUAUUCAAGUGAAGGAAAUGCUAAGAAGCGCCUAGAAUGCAUCACAAAUUUCAUUCGCCUGCUUGUUCUCUACCGACUUGAAUUGCAUCGUGGCUUGCCCUCGUUAAAAGACCUUUGCAAUCUUACUCUCGCCUCAGACAACAGCAACCCCUUUGCUCUCGAAGCAAGUAUUCGGCUUCUUGUUGAAACAUCUCUAUUUUCUCUGUCCACCGAAACCGACAAAACCCCCCAUAGUUUUACCGUCAGUUUCACUGGAUUAUGCAUUGAACAAAGUGAUCUCGUUCUACUAAAAACCUACACUGAUAGAUUGCGUGAGUGUGUUGAUUCUGGAAGUGAUACAGCCCACUUUACAUUGAAUCUCGCUGAAUCGUUUCUGGAAACUUGUCGAGCCUUAAAGGAGGGACUUUUUGACGACUUACAGCGCGCCUUUCAACGUCUCCUGAAACUUCCCGUAUGUGGACUAAAACUUGCGGAUAAUUGGCAACGGCAAGGCUUCCUGGAUGUUCACAUAUCGGCGCUCGGGGCCAUUAUUGCUCACACCUUGAAUGACUUUAACUUGUGCAACUUCAUCCUACAAGAGCUAAUAAGCUUUUGUAACUCAAGUUAUGCUCAAGUGGCCAAGGACAUGACCCACUACACCAGUCUGCCAGAAUCUCCUCCGAGUUCUCUUACAGAUUUCCUUACGCCGCGACUUUUGUAUACGCCUGUUCGUCUAUUCGGUGAUUCGUUGCCUCAAGGUGAAACUCCUCUCCAUCGUGUUUGCGAUUGGGCCGGUUGCUUGUUGUUGAGUAACGCCGCGAAAUCAACCUUCAAACACCUGGCUCUCCAGGCCAUUGACAUCUACUCAAAGAAUCUGCUUGACAAGGAGAAGCAGUUGAAUUGGCCUUCGCCGCAAGCGGUACUUUUUACGCAGUGUUGUCUCCUCUCAGAGAAUCCGACGAGCCCGCAAAGUUGUGUUGAUUGUUCCUCAUUAUCAACUGCUCUGGCCGCCGAUUUCUCCACCGAAGUGGCCUUGAGAACCGAACUGGUGAAGAUCUGGCUCUCCCUGCAAAGCCGAAGUGGAGACAAAACCGCCUGCCUUCAAGGCAUAUUGAGCCUGAGCAGCUUCAUCGAGGAUGCGGGAUUUUCAUCGCACAACCACUACUUGGCUGGCUGGUUGUUGUCGAAACUGGCGUCAACAGCAUCGGAUGCUGCGCUCCACCACUUUAACCACGGUAUCAAAUGCGACAAGCGUUACUUCCCCAACUACCUCAACAUCGGUCAUGUUUUUCGACUGAGAAAGCUGGACUUUUUUCGAGCACUCAAAGCCUACAAAAAGUCGUGGCAACUCGUCCCAGGUCAUCCGGAAACCGCCCAUUCCCUGGCCUCUAACCUGUGUAAACUGGACAAAAUCACCGAGGCUUACGGGAUCUACUCGGAGUGUAACCAAAGGUUGCUUUGGGAGGUCCUUGGUGAAGCCUACAUGUUACGUGGAAGCUUCGGAACAGCUUUGCAAUCACUGGAGAAGUCAAUUCAAGUAAGGUACGCCCAGGCCUGCACCGCUCUCUCCGACUACUCGUCCGCCUCGUCCUCCUACAACCAUGCUUUGGAACUCCUCAAAAGCCAACCAAACCGAUCGUUGGCACUCCUAGCAUGCAAAGGGCUGCUUGAAAUAAACGUGGGUCUUGCUCUGCAGGAUUUGAAACAGGGCAUGCGGACAACGGCCAUAGGCUUCAUUGAAUCGGCUCUUUCUUACGGAUCUAGAAUAAUAAUGGAAACUCAAUUUCCCGUUCCCCAUUGGCUUUGGUAUUACCUUGGUUAUGCACUGAGCCUUCUCCUGGUAUUCCAUGAUCCCACACUGGUUCUUCGUGUUCCAAGGGUCUUUGUAGACCUUCUGAAAAAGGAUCCGGUGUCUGGGCCGGAGGAACCUGCGUGUCUUCUGGACUUAUCAACUUGUGUUGAUCUUUCGGGGCUAAUGUUGUCCAUGUUCCUCAAGUCUUCUUGUGGGGCCAAAAUGAAACGUGAAACUUUCCUCUCGUGGGUAUGCCUGGGUCUGCUAAAUCUCUCCCGAGCCGUUCACACCCAAACCGGUGGGGCUGAUUCAAUUGCAACAGCCAAACCGCUCUUCGAUGUACACCAUCGACUCUUCAAGGCCAGCCAGUGCCUCUUGCUGCAAUCUGAGACCUGCUUCCUGCAGGCCCUUCAAAUCAAGGGAAAUUCCACAACUGAAGACGGGCACUUGCCUGCUCUGGCGUGGUUCGGUUUGGGUUCUAACUACUCAGAAAACAAUCUGCCCACUGUUUUGGAAUGGCAUUCACAAUUUGCAAUAAAGCAAUUACUAAGCGCCGGUGUCGCGCUCGCGUCGAAGCUACUCGGACUCCAGCUCCCUGACGAUGCACGCCGUGUUUUGGACAUGUGUCGUAAUGUGGACUCAGAAAACGACGGUUACUGGCUCGUCAUGGCCCAGCUGACUGCUCUCUUUCCCUCCAAAACCGUCAACUCUACUCUAGAGGAACCGAAUGAACUUCAGUGUCUACUGCAGGCUUCGUGCUAUGGAUUCAAUGUAGACGCGGUUUGGCGAAUUCUCCCAAAAGUAUUCCGUCUUCUCAAGUCAACUCUUUCUGCUGUAAUCACCGAUUAUGAUGCGGAGACUGUGAAGUUAUCGCGGCUGGUUUCCGCGGAAUAUCUUAAUCGAGGCUUGGCCUUCUACCCGAACGACUUCCGUCAGUGGCACGAUCGAGGCCUGCUGCUUCAUUUGUCCGAUCUUUUUCACCCGGCCUAUUAUUGCUUUAAGCGCGCCAACGAUCUUCUUUCGGAGUGCUCGGCAAGGGCGUGCGAUUGUCUAACCGUGAAGGCGCACUACUUUCUUUCAACGUGCCACCGCGGGAAACCAGAGUUCUCUCUGUGUGACGAGCUGCAGGCACUAAGUGAAGACACCUCCCUCCCCCGUAGCUGCAGUGUCCAUGCUGCUCUUGCUGUUUUUCACCUUUCCAAGGGCCAAACUGGCGAGGCGAUGCAAGCCUUUCUGGAUGUCUACAGCGCCACGGGUGGCGAGGUGCUGCGCGAUUCGCUCUGGUGCCUGGCCCCGGCUUUCGUUCAUUUCGCCAAGGUUCCACCGCCCCCAGAGGUCGUGGACGACGUCUGCAGGGGGCUGAGUGCGCCCAGCGUGAACCCGUUUAGACGUUAUUUCCUUACUCAAUGUCUGCAACCUAGCGCCAUGCUCUCUGUCGUUCAUCUCCUAGACGCCAUCAUCGCUGAGCCAUCCUACGCGUACGAAUUUCUUACCAGUCAGUUCCGCAGCUCACCUAAUAAACACGAGGCCAAGUGUCUUAUGGCCAUUAGCAAAACCUGGGUAUUCUUGCGGCCCGAUAUGGAACCUGUUUGGAGUCUGCUUGCAGCCACACUUCGGCUUUAUUCCGGCACCGUUGGUCUGAAAGAGAAGGCCAAACUUGCUGCCCAGAAGGACGCAGUAAGGUGCCUCGUGUCGGCUUCCAUCACCUGCGCACCCCACCCCACUUCAAGUGUAAGUCGACUUUCCUGCCACCGUGUCUUAUCCGUUUGUUUUCACUGA